AGAAAAAUAUUUGAAAAUGAAGCAGAAGUACAAGGCAUUGAGAAUUAAAUAUAAGGAUUUGAAAUCCUCAGUCAGAGAACCAUCCGAGGUCGAAAUUUACGCUAACAGCGGUGUAACAUUGCCCAUGGCCGAUUUGACUUCCAUCAAAAUGGUUUCGUCCAAACCUACUGUGCUAGCACGCAAUUUAUUUAGACGGCUCUUUACGACAGAAGAACUUUCGACGCAUUCUCCUUUAGGGAAGAAAUGCAACGCCAACAGCAAUGCCGCGCCUCCUCUUCCAAUCAUCGACAUACCCAAACGGGACGCUGUGAUCAAAUUUGUUCUGAAAGAGCAAGGGCUUGAUGGACUACCAAAUUCUGGUCAUGCUGCCGAAGACAAAAUUUUCAACAAGAAUAAGAAGGUAGCAAGGAAGGAGAUUAUUAAAUCAUUAUCAGAUUUUUUGAGGGAGGAGCAGAAAAAGGCCCGUAAUUAAUUUCAAUUUGAUGUAAUCAAAUAUUUGAAAAUUUAUUUACUUGAGAAAAAUAAAAUCACUAGAGAAAAAUA